CAGAAGAGAGAGAUGUUGCCACCCAAGCAGUCACCCAAGCCGGUCUUCGGUCUUUUUCUUCUCUAAAAUUACAAAUUUGAGGACUGAGAAGAUAUGGGCAACUUCUGCAUUGGAUUUGGAUUAUUCUUGAUGUGGGGAACGAUCCAGACCACAUUCGGGGCUGGGAAAGGAGAAUGCCCCUUUCCCCAGACAAUUGAGUUUGCCGAGUAUUUUGCCGAGUGGUACGUCUUGGGGACAGUGGUCCGUUAUGACUGUGAGCUUGGCUACAAGAGGCUGGGAGGAAGAAGCAACCGGAUGACCUGCGAGAAGCGAUCCACCCAAGCUCAGUGGACCUGCCGGUUUCCCCCCAAUUGCACAGCCAUUUCUGAGCUGACUUCUCGCGCUUCCCAGAAGCUCUCAACUGAAGCAUGUGAAGAAAGUUCGAACAGCUCCCAAAUAACAUCCCACCACAUUAUAAAAGACCUUACAGAUGGAUGCAGACUCCCCAGGCCCCUCAAACAUGCCACGGUCAAGGUGGCUAAGUAUCUUGUGGGGCAAACACUGCAGUACAGAUGCCUGGAUGGAUACCACGCCUGGUCCCCCAUCUCUGGAAACAGCACUUGCCAGGAUUUCAAGGGGAAAGGAGUGUGGUCCCGCUUAUCUCUGCGCUGCGCCAAUGACAGCAGUAGUGUUGUUACCGAAGGGAUACCAAACUCCUCCCUUGGCUCAGCUCCUUCUUCCAAAAGCUCUUCAACAGAAGAUUAUAAACAAAGAGACAAUGGCUCCCAAAGCAUAUUAGAGCAAGUCAUGGAAGCAACUGUGUUGAUUAUUGCUGUAAUGAUUGUUGCCAUCCUUUUAUAAGGAAUCCUCAUAAGAAAUGUGUGGUAAAUAAAGGCACCUGAAGAUUGGUGAAAGGCUCCAAUUCCUAAUUGGAUGAACUUGCCGGCAAAAUCAGAAGAAGAUAUUUGGAUGUCCAAGGAUUCUCAUUUGGGGCCACAUGUCUACAUUAAGAUCUCAGGGACUUGGAUCUGAAUUAUAGUGGAUGGCUGUGGAAUGGCACCACUCGUAUUGACCUUAUUCUUUAAACAUGUUUAUUUUACUAAUUGAUGCUUGCCUGGAAGCCCUCUCCGCAAGAGUUUGCUGGAAAUUUUUUUUCUCUUUCCCCUGAUUCUGUUGCUCUAUUUCUUCUUCCCAUACUUGUUUAAAGAUUGUAUGUGUUGUACAGUUAUAAAUGUUUUAUUUGCUGCCUUAGGCCCCUUCCACACAGCUGAAUAAAAUCCCAUAUUAUCUGCUUUGAACUGGAAUAUAUGGCAGUGUGGACUCGGAUAAUCCAGUUCAAGGCAGAUACUAUGGGAUUUUCUGCUUUGAUAUUCUGGGAUAUGUGUGGAAGGGCCCUUUGAGACUUUGAUUGAAAAGUGGGUUGCAAAUCUUUUAGUGGGUAAAUCAUGAAUGAAUAGGGAUUCAUUCCAAUCCCUAUUUGGCCAUGGAAACCCACUGGGUGACCUUGGGCAAGUGAUGUCGAAGGCUUUCAUGUCUGGAAUCACAGGGUUGUUGUGUGUUUUCUGGGCUGUAUGACCAUGUUCCAGAAGCAUUCUCUCCUGACAUUUCGCCCACAUCUAUGGCAGGCAUACUCUGAGGAUGCCUGCCAUAGAUGUGUGUGAAAUGUCAGGAAAUUUUAAAAUUUUAAAAUGGAAAUUAGAAAAGGAAAAAGGCCUGAUGGGUUUUAUUUAUAAGAAAUUAAUUGAAAAACAAUAUAAAUUGAAACAAACAUUAGCCGAGAUAUGGAAAGAGGACAUGAACAUUAACAACUCUGACAUAGAAUACUGGAUUAAUUCAAUUUAAAAAAUCAAGCAGAUAAGGAUAAGAGAAACCCAAAGGAAAAUACUGACUAAAUGGUAUAGAACCCCAAUCCAAUUAGCUUAUAUAACUAAAACAACCACAAAAUUGUGUUGGCAUGGAUGUGGGAUAACUGGCUCAUAUAUUCAUAUGUGGUGGGAAUGUGAUAAAGUGCAAACAUUUUAUAACAACGUAAAGAAGGAAAUUGAAGAUUUAACUGGACAUAAAUUGAUUUUGAAAAAUAAAGAAUUCUUCAUCCAGAAAUUAGAUAAGAACAAAAUUACUAAGGACUGGGGCGAAAUUAUAAAAUACAUGUUAGUUGCUGCUCAAGGAACAGUUGCCUUGGGUUGGAAAGAGCAAACAAAGUGGGAACUUUAAAAAUGGUAUGAAUACCUAGCUGAUUUUAUGCUUCAGGAUUAUAUCCUUGAAAGGAGAACUAAAUAUAUAUCAGGCCGAAUAAAAAAGAAUUGGGAGCUGAAAUGGGGAAGAUUGAUAGAUAAAGUCAAAGGACAAAGAAAAUAUAAAGAAUUGAAUCAUUCUCUACUUACGAUUGAUCAAUUAAAAUAAUAUCUGAAUGGAAGAAAGUACUGUUCCCAAAGGGAGGGGGGUUUGAAAAACUACUUGAAAUAAAUGGGAGAUAAAAGUGGAACUAGCAAGUGUAUUGUUACCGAGAAUAUGUGAUUGGAUGUGUAUGUUGAUGGAUUUUGUUGUUGUUUCGGUGGUAUCUACAAUAAAAA